CUUCGUCCGAUUUGUUUUGUACCCCUAUUCUUAACUAAUGCGCUUCCUCUCUCCCUCGACGUUGCUCACAGCAGCCCCAAUACCCGCGACGCAGCUCCCAUGGCGGCCAACUUGGGCUCUCGGAUGAAGAUCUAUAUAUGAAUAACUCUACCGCACCCAUGGUGCCGUCUUAUUUUCAUGAUGGCCAGACUUCCGGCUUCUACUCCCCAAACUUGUCCAAUAUAGACCUCGCCAACUUGGGAGAGUUCACAGCCGGCUUCCAGCCGUCCGCCGCCCUUUGGGCCAACGAUCCCCUCGCUGCCAAUUCCCAGUUUCUACCUUAUGCCUCCUCCACAACCCAGCAGAUCUCGGCUGUCACGCCUUCCCGAUACGAUGCCUGGGAUCCAGUCAGUGUCACUGGCCUUGCGCCUGGCAGUGCAAGGCCUUCCACGCCACCGCCCUUUUCCAAGCGCCCGAGGCUCUCGAGGGACAGUGAGAAUAUGUCCGAUGUUGGAGACUACAUAACUUCAUAUCUCUUCUCAGAUUCAGGCUACGCCACGAGAAGCAUCGGCACCAGAUCUGUCGCAGGCGUGUACCCCGUUGAACAGCAGUUCGAGAACUCACCGUCAACAAACUACCCCGACACUUACCUCCCAAUCGUCCGUUCCCCUACUCCCACUCCCGCUCCUGCGUCUCCAGUUGCCCCUCAGAGAGAAACAGAGGAGGGUGGCCGACCGCUGCAGCCAAAAGCGAAGACACGUCCCAGGAAAGCUUACGAAUGCCCCUUUCCUGAUUGUGACUGGAUUGGGAAAACUAGGUCUGAUCUAAAGAAACAUACAGACCGUCAUGAAAAGAGAUUCAAAUGCGACGUUCCGAAUUGUAAACGAAAAGACGGCUUUGCAACUUCCAACGAUCUGAAUAGGCACUUGAAAGCUGUCCACAAGAGUGGAAUGGGAAAGAUAUACAGAUGUUUUGUACGGGGCUGCGCCAAAUCUCAGAAGGAUUGGCUCCGCUUGGACAAUUUCCGCGCCCACCUGCAAAAUGUGCAUAAAGAUUGUAAUGUUGGUGAAAUGGUUCGCCUUGGUAUGAAUCCAGAAAGAAUGUGCUUUCUGAUAGUGGUUCUCAGGACCCUGAACCAGGCGAUACCGCUCCCCAAUUGUUUGUUAACGCCGCCGACCUCGUCACAGUCAGCGCCCCUUCUACCACAACUAGCCCUUUAUUUAUCCAAGCCCUCUCCGCCAAUCCCGGGCCUUCACAGUCCCAGCAUUCCCAAGCAACAGCGCCAGCAUUCGGUACUCCUUCUAUUCAUGCUCCUACAUUCUCAGAGGCUCGACAGCCGGACCAAUCACGUGCCCCAACGUUCUAUGAGCAAAGUACUGUUGUGGACGAUACUCCCAUUUCGUUGGAGAAUCCACUUGUGCCUGAAGAAAGUGGUGCAGGGCCUUUUCAAAGCCUUGGAAAAGGCGAUGGAGAAAUCAAGGAGACAAAAUAGCCAAGGUCCUCAAAACAACAAUGCCAGUGAUAAAGGAGAUGAAUCGCACAAUCCAUCCUUCCUAGACCUGCUCUCAACUUCAGGAAAAAGGGAACGGGAGUUUUUCCACAAGCUGAUCCAGAACAGCUACACCCAACUCAUGUCUAAAAGCACAGCUGGCGGUGGGAAUGAACCCAAUUCUUCCAACGCGGCUGCUGACAACUCUCAAUCUUCUGAUAAAAAAAGAUUCAAAUGUCCUCAAUGCCCGACCACCACCCGGCUUCAAUGUGAGAUGACCAAGCACAUGAAACGCCACACUCGACCGUACGGCUGUACAUUUACGAACUGCGAUAAAGUGUUUGGGAGCAAGAGUGACUGGAAGCGCCACGAGAAUGCGACACACUUCCAGCUUGAAAGUUGGCGCUGCCAGGAGCCGGAAGUUCAAGAGUCUCUAGAUACCCGCGAGUGUGCUCGCCAGUUUUUUCGUUCUGGACAGUUCGCAAGCCAUUUACGAAAUGAUCACGGCCUCGACGAAUGCAGAAUAUGGAAAUGCUUGCGCACAAACAGAAUAGGCAGAAACGGACAAGGCCGGUUUUGGUGCGGGUUUUGCCGGAAACUGGUAGAAUCGGAACCUAGGGGUUCGAAUGCGUGGAAGGAUAGGAUUAACCAUAUUGACGUGGAGCAUUUUCGGAAAGGCCAAAGCAUUGAGGAUUGGCUUCUGCCUUCAGGUCACUUUACGAAGGGAGAGGUAAGACGAAGAAAAAUUGAGAGCUCCUUGGGAUCAGGCAGCGGUGUAGUCGUGACCAGCACUGAUACCCCUGCGAAUGCUGGUAUCUCUUCAGCUGGCGAUGAUACCUCUGUGUCUGACCAGCAAUCGCGGGAUGUCGACCAGACACGCGCAGUAAACCCUUUUCGAACUUGCGAGCCAUCUCAAUCUUGCGUUUCCGAAAAUUUCAAAGAGCCGAGUGAGACGAGCUCCAGACUUCUAAUGAGCCCUACCGCUUCCUUCAGUCAAUACGACUCCUCGACUCAAAGACAAAGUAUAGCCGACUCGCUCAUGCCAGUCGUUAACCCCGUUCAGCGAGUAGACCCUCGCGAAGAUCAAGAACAAUGCGUUACUUGUUGCCAGUGCGGGCUUUCAUAUACUCUUGCCCUAGAAAAUCGCUGUACCGUCUGCAUGCAUCGGCCUUGUGGAUACUGUGCUUACGGCAAAUCUAAUGAUUGAUGUCUUCGCCCUCUUCACGACUUGCUAACACAAUCAAUGACCUUGACGGGUUGACGAGUGAGCAGCCCGUGUUUACAAUUUUCGACUUUUGGUUUCUUUCCUGGAUAUACAUAUGCUUUAGAUUUUGUUUCUUUUCGGCUACGACACUUUACGAAGGAUUUUGGAUACCCUGGUGUUUGGUUCGCUACAUUCUGUUCCCCGUUUGUGUCGUCUUUAGAGUUCGGAAUCUUCGGUAUUUUGCCUCCUUCGCCUGCAUAUUUACAUGGUCAACAGAACCGAAACUAUAUAACAUGCUUACACAGGCCAUAUUCUGUAUUUUGACCCUUUUUGAGAAUGCUUAUUUUAUUUCGAUUUUAUAUAUAUAUGCGUCCAUACCAAGGGGCGUAACUAUAUAGCUUUGCCAUGAGUCUAUGACCAUCUUUGUCUUCGUGUUCAGCACACCACCUGUCCUCAAAAUCAACUCCUGUAAGACGUCUCUGCCUUCUCACUGUCGAAUUUUCUCCCAGCGAGGGGAAAUAUUCAGCUGAUAGAUGGUACAACAAUUCCCGCAGCAUCAUGUCAUCUAUUAGAUUGAUAAGAGCUACUUGUUCACAACUUUGACCCUUCGGGCUCUCCAAUCAAGUCCAGAAAGGCGCCGUGGACCUCGUCCGUUAAAUCGCUUGCUUGCAUACUUCUUCCCUUGGCCAGAAAUGCUCUUCGUGAGCACUCCCUCGUAAUGGUACUCCCAGCCCACGCAGCAAGCAACAUUGUAGUUUUGCGGCUCAUUUUCUUCAUCAUCUUACCGCCAUCCUCCUGCAAUUCAACUUCGACGUCACUUCUGCUCUCCGCCUCUCCCUGCUUUGAACGAUCUUCCUCACCUGCAUCCCAUAAGCCCUCAUGAUACGCCUUCCUCCAGGCCAAAAAGGUCCCCAAAGAACCCGUCAUGGUAUCCCCCUGCCCACCACUCCUCUUCUUCCCACCUUGCACAUCCGAAAUCAGCGACGUCACCCCGUUCGAAAUAACAUCGUGAAUCCCCUUUUGAACAAUCAUCACCCCACCCAGCGCCCUCGACAACCGCUCACACGCCUCACACUCACCUUCCUCCCUCCUUUCUCCUGCCACCGAAACAUCCACCCCGAACGCCUCAGUCAACCGCCGGAACUCAACCACAUUCGGCGUGAGAAUGCACUCUUCAUACCCGUGCACGAGAUCGGGACGAUCCUGCACGAGUAGCAGAGCAUCGGCGUCGAGGACCAAGGGGAUAGCCUUGGCGCGAGCUUCUCUCAGUACUUCCACGACGAUGCUUUGCGUUAUGGGGUCACGGCCGAGACCGGGACCGAUGACGAGGACG